UGCUUAGAUAUGAAUAUCGGGAAGGCGUACGAUGGCGGAUGGUCCGGACGCUGUAAGGAGCGUGUAAAGCUCUACGAUAAGACAUAAAAUCACGCAGAGAGAUGCUUCACAAGCUUCAAGGUGUCGGAGCACAGACUCGCACAUAUUGGCGAUUGUCUGUAAUGAGGAUUUUAGGCUGCGUCGGACUGCGGCUUUGAUCUGUACAAUUCCCGCCACCAGGGCAAACAGGGAGCCAGGCAAUGCGGUAGGCCCUGGUGGUAACUGGGGUCAUGUACGAGGAGAAUGGGGUUUUGAAAUCUCCAGAAAAGGUGGAUUUUAUCUUACCACAUUCGGCGAGAGGGUUUUAGGAUGGGGACGUCGUCGGUCUUCGUCAAGAAUGCGUGCGUUCCUGGAGUGUCUGGGUUGUUGGCAGGGAGGCUUGUGAGCACGCUUCACCAGCUCGCUGGCAGUGGCUCGAAUGCCUUGAGCGUUUUUGCUCCCGGCUUCAACCUUGGGCGUGCAAGAUGCGAAGGCCGGUCGUGGGGAAGUAGUGUUGGGUUGGCAAAUGGUGCCGGUGUCGCAGGGUGGGGCGGGGGCGAUUCUUGCCGACAGGUGAGGAGGUCUUUGGCAACGCAAGGUGAGAAGAAACGCGGUUGCGGUGCCAGGAGAGGAGUUAUGAAGCAAAAGAGGAGCAAUGGGGCUGCGAAAAGUGAUGGGGUGGGGCUUAUGGCGGGUGAAGUUGAAGUCACUGCUACGUUUGAAGCCGAGUCGUACCAGGAUAAGUGUGGGAGCAUACACUUGAUUCUUGGUCCUAUGUUUGCCGGCAAGAGCACAGCUCUUCUGAAAAGAGCUCAGGAGGAAGCGAGUGCUGGCAGGAGAGUGGCGCUGGUGAAGUCUGACAAAGACUCGAGGUAUGGUUUGUCUGCAGUCGUGACUCACGAUGGUCUUCAAAUGCCCUGUUAUGCCGUUCCGGACUUUGCUACAUUCAAAGCACAAGUUGGAGACAAAUUAUACAAAGAGUUUGAUGUCAUAGGAAUCGACGAGGCCCAGUUUUUUACGGAUCUUUACGAUUUUUGUCUUACCGCCGCCGAUUAUGAGGGCAAGACCGUCAUAGCAGCGGGUUUAGAUGGAGACUUUCUGCGACGUAAGUUUGGAUCGACCGUUGACUUGGUUAGAGUUGCAGACACCGUAGUAAAGCUGGCAUCUCGGUGUGAAAUUUGCGGGAAACCAGCACUCUUCACGUUCCGAAAGACUUUAGAUAUACAAACGACGAUCAUAGGUGGAGCCGAUGUGUACAUGCCGGUGUGCAGGCAACACUACGUUGGUGGCCAACUGGUCGUUGAUUCAGCGUGCACAGUCCUAGAGGCCCAUCAAGCUGCUCAUUCAAGAAAGGACUGCUGAGCUUGCGAGUAGACCUGGAGCAUUUUCUCCAUCCAUUUUUCCCCGGACUGGCCCUGCAUUCUUCUCCAUGUGUAAAUUGCACUGUACUACAACUGAGGGAUCGUCGGGCGACCUUUACGGAUGUUCAUGGGGUUAAGAACCAUGGAACGCAUCCAUCCAAGAUGGUGUUCUCGCUCAUCAAGGAAUUUAUCCAGGAAAUGAAUUGACAGGAUAAUCUAGUGGAUCGUAGUGAUUGUGGAUACUAACAGACGCUAAAAGACUAGACAGAAGCAUCUGUGCAAUCACUGGGGAGUACAGACUAUGAAACUUGAGCGAUAUAGCUUUUCAAGCUGUACCGACACGUCCAGGGAAGCAUUGGUACAACGACACAAGUGAGAUCUCUUCUUUACUGUCUGACUCUCGACAGAUGUUUAUACGAUAUCUAGUUGAAAGUUAGACGUCCAUCACACUGCUGAACUGUAGCCAGUAGUUCAGGUCUCACUUGAGCGCCUCUUUUUUUUUCAUCAUGUGAAGUCUCUUGACUGAAGUAGAUGGAGACAUAAUGGGGCCAACUCGCGCGCAGAGUUCAUACUGUUAAUGCCCUCCACUUGUAUCACUACAAUCACUUGGAAAGAGAAAAAAAUUUGGCCUGUGAUUUAAGCUCACUGGCGGGAAGGAGAUCAUGUCUCGUCUCUUACCUUUUAGAAACACCCUUCAAGCAGGACGCGGGGUAUACUGUCAUCAGGCUCAGAGGCAAAAUUUAACGAGCAUCUUUCUUCACAGCGAUAUCAUUUCUGUGUUUGUUAGGGAAGUGUGUUGGCCUGAAACCGAUAUCGUUUGGCAACUUGGGUGGAGAUGAGUGUUUGGAGGGAGCACAGAUGCCACUGUCUUUGCAUCUCUGCGUUUGAUACUCCUAAAAUCUGAUAUUGUCAUUGUAUGUAAAGCGUGUCUGGGGUAGGAAGCUUCCUUGUUCUCCGCAUCCUUCAGCUUUGUCCCUUUUGAUUCUAUUUUGUCGGACUGUUGCUGACCUACAGCAAUUCAUUAUUAACCU